UGCGACGUUGCCCCACCCCGGGGGCGUGGCCGCUCUAUGCCCCGCCCUAUACUCGCAGGUUGUUCCGGCGCGCCUCCAAACUGGGUAGAGACUGGGAGAAACUGUUGUCCACCCGACCGGAAGUGGCCAGCAUAGAGCCCCUGGGCCCCGAUGAACGUCAGUGCUCCCAGAAAGCUGUGGUGCAGGCCCGGCUCACACAGCCUGCUCGGCUCACCAGCAUCAUCUUUGCCGAGGACAUCACCACGGGCCAGGUACUGCGCUGCGAUGCUAUUGUUGAUCUCAUACACGGCAUUCAGAUUGUGUCCACCACCCGUGAGCUCUACCUCGAAGAUUCCCCUCUGGAGCUGAAGAUUCAGGCCCUGGACUCGGAAGGGAACACCUUCAGCACCCUGGCGGGACUGGUGUUUGACUGGACGAUUGUGAAAGAUGCGGAGGCAGAUGGGUUCUCAGACUCCCACAAUGCACUGCGAAUCCUCACCUUCCUGGAGUCUACAUACAUCCCUCCUUCUUACAUCUCAGAGAUGGAGAAGGCAGCCAAGCAGGGGGACACUGUCCUGGUGUCUGGGAUGAAGACCGGGAGCUCCAAGCUCAAGGCCCGCAUCCAGGAGGCCGUCUACAAGAGCGUGCGCCCUGCCGAGGUCAGGCUGCUGAUUCUGGAAAACAUCCUCCUGAACCCAGCACACGACGUCUACCUGCUGGCGGGGACCUCCAUUUACUACAAGGUGCAGAAGGUCAGGCAGGGGAAGAUUACAGAACUCUCGAUGCCUUCUGAUCAGUAUGAGCUGCAGCUUCAGAACAGCAUCCCUGGCCCGCAAGGAGACCCUGCCCAGCCUGUGGCGGUCCUGGCCCAGGACACAUCGAGGGUGACCGCCUUGCAACUGGGACAGAGCAACCUCGUCCUCAGCCACCGGAGUAUCCGCAUGCAGGGUGCUUCUAGGUUACCGAACAGCACCAUCUACGUGGUUGAGCCUGGGUACCUGGGGUUCACAGUCCACCCUGGUGACAGGUGGGUGCUCGAGACUGGCCGCCUGUACGUGAUCACCAUCGAAGUGUUUGACAAGUCCAGCAACAAGGUCCACCUGUCCGACAACAUCCGGAUUGAGGCCGAGCUUCCUGCUGAGUUCUUUGAGGUUCUCUCCUCAUCCCAAAACGGGUCUCACCAUCACGUCAGGGUGAUACAGAGGGGCCAGACGACCAUCCGUGCAGCCCUCACCUCUGUGGUGGACCAGGAUGGUGGGGUCCAUGUGCUACAGGUGCCUGUGUGGAACCAGCAGGAGGUGGACAUUCACAUUCCCAUCACCCUCUACCCCAGCAUCUUGACGUUUCCUUGGCAACCAAAGACGGGCGCCUAUCAGUACACAAUCAAGGCUGAUGGGGGCAGUGGGAACUUCACCUGGUCCUCCUCAAGCUCCAUGGUGGCCACCGUCACCGUCAAGGGUGUGAUGACCACGGGCAGUGACAUCGGACUCAGUGUGAUCCAGGCUCAUGACGUCCAGAACCCACUACAUUUCGGCGAGAUGAAGGUAUACGUGAUCGAGCCCAGCAGCAUGGAGUUCGCCCCGUGCCAGGUGGAGGCUCGAGUGGGCCAGGCCCUGGAGCUGCCCCUGAGGAUCAGCGGCCUCAUGCCUGGAGGGACAAGUGAGGUGGUCACCCUGAGCGACUGCUCCCACUUCGACUUGGCAGUGGAGGUGCAGAACCAGGGUGUGUUCCAGCCGCUCCCAGGGCGGCUGCCACCCGGGUCUGGGCACUGUAGCGGUGUGAAGGUGAGAGCCGAGGCCCAGGGAUCUACCACGCUCCUCGUGAGCUACACGCAUGGCCACAUCCACCUGAGUGCCAGGAUCACCAUCGCUGCCUACCUGCCCCUCAAGGCUGUGGAUCCUUCCCCUGUUGCCGUAGUAACCCUGGGCUCCUCUAAAGAGAUGCUGUUGGAAGGAGGUCCCCGACCCUGGGUCCUUGAGCCUUCCAAGUUUUUCCGCAAUGUCACCUCUGAGGACAUGGACAGCAUCGGCAUGGUUCUCCUGGAACCCCCUGCCUCCCGGAAUUACCAGCAGCAUCGGAUCCUUGUGACCUGCCAGGCCUUCGGCGAGCAGGUCAUCGCCCUCUCAGUGGGGAACAAGCCCAGCGUCACCAACCCCUUUCCUGCGGUGGAGCCCACUGUGGUGAAGUUCAUCUGUGCCCCACCGUCAAGGCUCACCCUCACACCCAUCUAUACCAGCCCCCAGCUGGACCUGUCCUGCCCGCUGCUGCAGCAGAACAAGCAGGUGGUUCCGGUCUCCAGCCACCGCAACCCCCUGCUGGACCUGGCUGCCUAUGACCAUCAGGGCCGGCAGUUUGACAACUUCAGCUCUCUGAGUAUCCAGUGGGAGUCUGCUCGACCAUCGCUGGCCAGCAUCGAGCAGGACCUGCCACUGCAGCUGGUGUUCCAGGACGAUGGGAGCGGUCAGAAGAAGUUACAUGGUUUGCAGGCGAUUUCAGUACACAAGGCAUCGGGAGUGACGGCCAUCUCUGCCAUGGCAACUGGCUACCAGCAGCCCCACCUCAUCGCGGCCAGAGCAGAGCAACCGCGUGACCCCUUUCUGCUUGUGUCGGCCUCCAUCGACCUCAUUCUGGUGGAGGAUGUGUGGGUGAGCCCAGGGGAGGUGACCAUCUACAACCAUCCUGGCAUCCAGGCAGAACUCCACGUCAGGGAAGGCUCUGGCUACUUCUUCCUCAACACCAGCGCCACAGACAUCGUCAGCGUGGCCUACCAGGAGGCCAGGGGCGUCACCACGGUGCACCCUUUGCUCCCGGGCUCCACGACCAUCAUGAUCCACGACCUGUGCCUGGCCUUCUCGUCCCCGGCAAAGGCUGUCGUUCACGUCUCAGACAUUCAGGAACUGUACGUCCGAGUGGUGGACAAGGUGGAGAUUGGGAAGACAGUCAAGGCCCACGUCCGCGUGCUGGACUCUUACAAGAAACCUUUCCUGGCCAAGUACUUUGCCUUCAUGGACUUGAAGCUCCGGGCAGCCUCCCAGAUUGUCACAUUAGUGGCCCUGGACGAAGCCCUCGACGACUACACGGCCGCAUUCCUUGUGCAUGGCAUGGCCAUUGGCCAGACCAGUCUGACUGCCAGUGUGACUGAUAAAGCUGGACAGAGGAUCACCUCAGCCCCACAGCAGAUCGAGGUGUUCCCCCCAUUCAGGUUGAUGCCCAGGAAGGUGACGCUGAUUAUUGGGGCUGUGAUGCAGAUCUCCUCGGAGGGCGGCCCGCAGCCCCAGUCCAACAUCCUCUUCUCCAUCAGCAAUGAGAGCAUCGCCGUCGUGGGUGGCACGGGGCUGGUGCAAGGGCUCUCCGUUGGCAACGGUACCGUGUCAGGAGUCGUGCAGGCAGUGGAUGCAGAGACCGGCAAGGUCAUCGUCAUCUCCCAGGACCUCGUGGAGGUGGAGGUGCUGCAGCUCCAGGCAGUGAGGAUCCGGGCCCCCAUCACACGCAUGCGGACAGGCACCCAGAUGCCUGUCUAUGUCACGGGGAUCACCAACAGCCAGAGCCCGUUCUCUUUUGGAAAUGCUGUACCAGGCCUGACCUUCCACUGGUCUGUCACCAAGCGGGACAUCCUGGACCUCCGAGGGCGCUACCACGAGGCAUCCAUCCGGCUCCCGUCGCAGUACAACUUUGCCAUGGCAGUGCAUGCCCGGGUGAAAGGCCGGACUGGGCUUCGGGUGGUGGUCAAAGCUCAGGAGCCCCGAGCUGGACAGCUGCACAGCCUCGCCAGAGAGCUGUCGGAUGAGAUCCAAAUCCAGGUGUUUGAAAAGCUGCGGCUGCUGAACCCUGAAAUAGAAGCAGAACAAAUAUUAAUGUCUCCCAACUCAUUUAUAAAGCUUCAGACAAACAGGGACAGUGCCGCUGCGCUGAGCUACCUUGUCCUUGAUGGGCCCGAGGGGGUCCCCGUGGUGCACGUUGACGAGCGGGGCUUCCUGGUGUCUGGCUCUGUGGUCGGGACGUCCACUGUCGAAGUGACCGCCCAGGAGCCUUUUGGGGCCAACCAAACCGUCAUCAUUGCUGUGAAGGUGUCUCCAGUUUCUUACCUGAGAAUCUCCAUGAGCCCCGUCCUGCACACCCACAACAAGGAGGCCCUAAAGGCCUUGCCAGUGGGGAUGACCGUGACCUUCACCGCCCACUUCCACGACAACUUUGGAGACAUCUUCCAUGCUCACAAUUCCAUUCUCAACUUUGCCACUAACAGAGACGACUUUGUGCAGAUCGGCAAGGGCGCCACCAAUAACACCUGCGCGGUCCGCACGGUCAGCACGGGCCUGACGCUGCUCCGCGUGUGGGACACCGAGCACCCAGGCCUCUCCGACUACGUCCCGCUGCCUGUCCUGCAGGCCAUCUCCCCGGAGCUGUCUGGAACGGUGGUGGUAGGGGACGUCCUCUGCCUGGCCACUGUUCUCAUUGGCCUGGAAGGCACCUCAGGAACCUGGAGCUCCUCAGCCAGCAGCAUCCUCCAUGUGGACCCCAAGACAGGAGUGGCCGUGGCCCAGGACGUGGGACCUGUGACGGUGUACUAUGAGGUUGCCGGACACCUGAGGACCUACAAGGAGGUCGUGGUCAGCAUCCCGAAGAAGAUUGUGGCCCACCAUGUCCAUUCGGCCCAGACCAGCUUCCAAGAGGCCACAGCCUCCCGAGUGACGGUCACCGUGGGAGACAGAAGUUCGAACCUAAGGGGUGAGUGUUCACCCAUGCAGAAGGAAGUCAUCGAAACUCUGCACCCCGAGUCGCUUAUCAGCUGCCAGUUCUGGUUCAAGCAAGACGUCUUCAGUUUCCCAGCACAGGACGUCUUCACUGUCAAGCCAGGGUUUGACGCUGCUCUAGGCCAGUACUUCUGCUCAGUCACCGUGCUCAGACUGACAGACAUGCAGCUGAAGCGCCUGAGCACCAAGACAACAACGCUGGUGGUCACGGCCUCCAUCCCCGGCAGCCACUUCUCUCCAGAGCAGGUCGAGGCAGAGGUGUCCUUCAGCCCCGGGCUCUACACUGACCAGGCUGAAAUCCUUUUGAGCAAUCAGUACACCAGCUCCGAGGUUAAGGUCUUUGGUGCCGUGGAGACCCUGGAGAGCUUGGAGGUGAAGUCUGGGUCCCCAGCCGUGCUGGCCUUCGAGAAGGAGAAAUCUCUGGGGCUGCCCAGCUUUGUCACAUUCAUAGUUGGCAUCUCGGACCCUGCGGCCGGCAGCCAGGGGCCUCUGUCCACAGCCCUGACCUUCUCCAGCCCCGUCACUGACCAGGCCCUCACCAUCCCUGUCACCGUGGCCUUUGUGAUGGACCGCCGUGGGCCUGGCCCCUAUGGCAGCAGCCUCUUUCAGCACUUCCUCGAUUCCUACCAAGUCAUGUUCUUCACGCUCUUUGCCCUGCUGGCUGGGACUGCAGUCAUGAUCAUAGCCUACCACACGGUCUCCACACCCCGGGAGCUUGCUGCACCUCAGGCCCUCACACCCCAAGCCAGCCCGCAGCACAGCCUGCACUGGGACAGGGCCAGCCCAUCUGGUGUGCCCGGACCUCAGGCGGAGCCUAUUGGAGGAGCGAGGGCUCCAGGUCGUCUGGGGACAGUGCAGAGACCUCGGGGUGACUUCCACAAACCCAGGCACCAUCAAACAGAUUUCGCUGCCUCGUCACCCAACCCUUUCAACGACCUGCUUCCCGCUCGCAAAGCCAGUCCUCCCUCGGGGCUCUGGAGCCCAGCCUACGCCUCCCGCUAGAGAGUCCAGAGUCUGGUGCUGAUGGCAGCUCCCCACAGACGCCUUGGUGACAGGGACACCGCUGCCACGUUCGUGCUGGAACAAGGCCCGAAGUCCCAUGCACCUGUGCCAUAGCCACCCUCGCUGCCCCUUUGCUUUCGCAAAGCGGAGUUCUAGUUGCUUAUUAGCUUAUUUGUGUACGUAGGAGUUUUAAGUUUGUUUUUUAUAAUUCCCCUCCGGAGCUGGGUGUGGCGGCACACACUUGUAACUCCAGCACGCAGGAGG